AUGGCUACCCCCACCCCAGCAACCUGCCAAUCCGAAUUCGAGCAAGGCGUUGCCAUCGCCCUUCACCUCUGGCCCGCGCUCUCGCUCGCCGUGCAAAACAACUGGGGCGGUCCCGACUCGGCCGACAAGCGUGACUGGUUCGCCGGCGCCGUCGUCGACCUCUUUCCCGAUCUGAACAAAGUCCUCGCUCCUCCCCAGUCCGAACGGCAACAGCAACAACAGCAACAAACGACACAAAAGUCCAAGUCCGACGACCAUGAAGAAGCGACAGAAGAACCCGACCAGCUCGACAUUGAGACCGUCCUCCUGCAAGUGAUGCUGGACGAGUUCGAGGUCAACGUCGACGAUGAUUCGGCCUUUGAGGUGGCCGAGCAGAUUUUGCGUGUGCGCCUGGGCUGCUUGAAGGGCAAGUUCGACGAGGUGGAUGCGCUGCGUCGCAGGUUUGAGGGCAAGGGAGGCAAGAACGUGGUCUUCAAGAAGGCCGAGGACCAGGAUAACGACACCGAUUGGGACACCGAUGACGACGAGGAGGCCGACAGUGAUGAGGAGAUGGGUGAGGCGCCUGCGUUGGUGCCUACGCAGCCUAAGGAGAAGGUGGAGCCUGAGGUGGAUGAGGAUGGAUUCACCAAGGUUGUGGGCAAGAAGAGGAGGUAA